AUGGGUGGGCGCCCAUGUCAACUGCUUGUUGACAGUUUGGCACCGGGCAACGGCCGGAGGUGGAGCAAAGCGCACACGGAAAACGCCGCCGUUCCGUUCGCAGUGUACGUUCCCUGCCUUGCCAAAGGCCGUGCGAGCCCAGGCCCGGCUAUGGAGCGGCGCCGUGUCGGGCAGGGCUGCGGCGGGCCCGGGCACAGCAGCAGGGACGGAUCCAAGGCCGGUAGCCCCGGGAGCUCGGCACCAGCGGGGGCCGCGGCCGCGCCCCGUGGUGGCCGUCCCCGGGUCCGCACAGCCCGGGAGGAUCGGCCCGAGCCGCCUUCGGGCGCGGGGCUGCCGGGGGAGCUCGGCCGGCGGUGCUGGAUGGCGCUGAGCUGCGAGCCGCUGCCGCAGGACCCUGCCGCAGAGAACCGCUCCCGUGGUACCCUGUUGGCAAAAGCGAAGGAGUCGCUGGUGAGGAGAGAUGGAGAUCCUCCAGCACCUUUUCUGGUUGGACAACGAUACUAUGAACAGGGGUUGUAUAAAGAGGCAUUAAAGGAAUUUGAAAAAAUCAAGGAUACAUAUUUUCAAGCAAUGUAUCAGCUUGGUGUAAUGUAUUAUGAUGGACUUGGCACUAAAAAAGACCCUGAAAGGGGAGUGGAAUACAUGAAUAAAAUACUCAACUCUGAUUCCCCAGAAGCAAAACACUUGAAGUUUGCAGCGGCAUACAAUCUUGGCAGGGCUUAUUAUGAAGGAUGUGGUGUUAAGCAUUCAACUGAAGAGGCUGAAAGGUUGUGGCUUACUGCUGCAGACAAUGGAAAUCCAAAAGCAAGUAUAAAGGCCCAGAGUACUUUAGGAAUGCUCUAUUCUAUGCCAAUUCUAAAAGAUCUGGAGAAGGCCUUUUUCUGGCAUUCAGAAGCAUGUGACAAUGGAAAUCUGGAAUCACAGGCAGCACUUGGCAUUAUGUAUCUCUAUGGAAAAGGUACAUGUCAAAACACUAAAGCUGCUUUGGAGUGUUUGAGAAAAGCAGCAGAACUUGGAAACAUCUAUGCCCAAGGCCAUCUUGUGGAAUAUUACUACACUAGAAAAUUUUACUCAAAAGCUGCUGCACUAGCCAAAAGGGCUACGGAAAAUGAUGACAACAUGCUAGCCAAGAUAACUGAUUGCCAUCCAACAUAUGUAGCCCAGGGGGCUGCUAUGGCUGCUUUCUACUUGGCUAGAUGCCUCCAGCUUGGCCGAGGCAUAAAGAAAAACCAGCGUGCUGCUGAGAUGUACUAUUCUAAAGCAUGCAAUCUGGAUCCUGGUGUUUCUUCUCACCUUGAAUUGGCAGCUAAUCUUGGGACAAUUUAGUGUUUCUUUUAACUGGUGUAUAAAUAUAUUUCCUGCAAUAAACCGUCAUUAAUCUUCAGCAAUUAUAGACUGUUCCUCACUUACUGCUUGCUUUACAACUUUCUAUAAAUUAUUAUUUAAAGCAAUUCACUGAUUCAU